CUUCACUUUCUGGGUUUUGAAUUUUCACUUGGAGAUUUUGGGGGAAUUGUUUUUCUUGGGUUUGUGUUGUUUGAUUUCGCUACUAGAUAAUGGACAAGUACGAGCUUGUUAAAGACAUCGGUGCUGGGAAUUUUGGAGUAGCUAGGCUCAUGAGAGUCAAAAACUCUAAAGAACUCGUUGCUAUGAAGUACAUCGAGCGUGGCCCUAAGAUUGAUGAGAACGUGGCGAGAGAGAUUAUUAAUCAUAGAUCACUUCGUCAUCCCAAUAUAAUCCGGUUUAAGGAGGUGGUUUUGACACCAACACACAUCGCCAUUGCUAUGGAAUUUGCUGCUGGUGGUGAGUUAUUUGAGCGUAUAUGUAGUGCUGGAAGAUUCAGUGAGGAUGAGGCAAGAUACUUUUUCCAGCAGCUUAUAUCUGGAGUCAGCUAUUGCCAUGCUAUGCAAAUAUGCCAUAGAGAUCUGAAGCUCGAAAAUACCCUCUUGGAUGGAAGUCCUGCUCCACGCCUGAAAAUCUGUGAUUUUGGUUAUUCCAAGUCCUCACUGUUGCACUCUAUGCCCAAAUCAACUGUUGGAACUCCAGCAUAUAUUGCACCUGAGGUUCUUUCUCGCGGAGAGUAUGAUGGCAAGAUGGCUGAUGUAUGGUCUUGUGGUGUGACUCUUUAUGUCAUGCUGGUGGGAGCAUACCCAUUUGAAGACCAAGAGGAUCCUAAAAACUUCAAAAAAACAAUACAAAGAAUAAUGGCUGUCAAGUACAAGAUCCCGGACUAUGUCCAUAUCUCACAAGAUUGCAAACAUCUCCUCUCCCGUAUAUUUGUCGCCAACUCGAAUAAGAGGAUUAGGAUAGCUGAGAUCAAGAAACAUCCAUGGUUCCUAAAGAACCUGCCAAGGGAACUUACAGAAACAGCUCAAGCUGUAUACUUCAGUAAAGAGAACCCGACAUUCUCGCUCCAAAGUGUCGAAGAGAUCAUGAAGAUUGUGGAAGAGGCAAAAACUCCAGCUCCUGUUUCUCGAUCGAUUGGAGUAUUUGGGUGGGGAGGGGAAGAAGAUGCCGAGGGCAAGGAGGAAGAGGUUGAGGAAGUAGAAGAAGAAGAAGACGAAGAAGAUGAGUAUGAUAAGACAGUGAAGCAAGUGCAUGCUAGCAUGGAAGAAGUCCGAGUCAGUUAAAACACAAUAAAAGAUUGGUUUUGUU